UCGCGCUCGGGCCACGUCCGCCGGCCGCGGGGACACGGGGACCGCAGCCGCGCCGCCCGCCGCCAUGCGGUUCCGGUUCGGGGUGGUGGUGCCGCCCGCGGUGGCCGGGCGGGGGCCGGAGCUGCUGGUCGUGGGCUCGCGGCCCGAGCUGGGGGGCUGGGAGCCGCGCGGGGCCGUGCGCCUGAGGCCGGCGGGCACGGCUGCGGGCGCCGGGGCGCUGGCGCUGCAGGAGCCGGGCCUGUGGCUCGGGGAGGUGGAGCUGGCGCCCGAGGAGGCGGUGCAGGACGGGGCGGAGCCGGGCCGCGUGGACACGUUCUGGUACAAGUUCCUGAAGCGGGAGCCGGGAGGAGAGCUCUCCUGGGAAGGCAAUGGACCUCACCACGACCGUUGCUGUACUUAUAAUGAAAACAACUUGGUGGAUGGUGUUUAUUGUCUCCCAAUAGGACACUGGAUUGAGGCCACUGGGCACACCAAUGAGAUGAAGCACACAACAGACUUCUAUUUUAAUAUUGCAGGCCACCAAGCCAUGCAUUAUUCAAGAAUUCUCCCAAAUAUCUGGCUGGGUAGCUGCCCUCGUCAAGUGGAGCAUGUAACCAUCAAACUGAAGCACGAAUUGGGGAUUACAGCUGUAAUGAAUUUCCAGACUGAAUGGGAUAUUGUACAGAAUUCCUCAGGCUGUAACCGCUACCCAGAACCCAUGACUCCAGACACCAUGAUUAAGCUAUAUAAGGAAGAAGGCUUGGUCUACAUCUGGAUGCCGACCCCAGAUAUGAGCACUGAAGGCCGAGUACAGAUGCUGCCUCAGGCUGUCUGUCUCCUCCACGCACUGCUCGAGAAUGGACACACCGUGUACGUUCACUGCAACGCCGGGGUCGGCCGGUCCACCGCGGCCGUGUGCGGCUGGCUCCAGUACGUGCUGGGCUGGAAUCUGAGGAAGGUGCAGUACUUCCUCAUGGCCAAAAGGCCGGCUGUGUACAUUGAUGAAGACGCAUUGGCCCGGGCAGAAGAAGAUUUUUUUCAGAAAUUUGGGAAGGUUCGUUCUUCCGUGUGUAGUGUGUAGAUGGCCCAUCUGCCUCCCCACCCUCCCGAUGUCCUUAGGAACCCAGUUUCCUUAGGUGACGUCAGUGGAAAGACCUAGAAACGAAGAUUCCAUCAGAACUAACAGGACUGGUCACUUGGCUUUUCCCACAACCCACCACCUCUAGUCUGGGGCUGACUUUCUAUUAUGCUUUGGUUGGACUGUAUUUUCUUUGAAAUGUUUUACAGUGGAAAUUGUGACUGACACAUGAGAAAAAGCCACAAGCAAUUGCGCUGUGCAGUGUUCUAGCAUCAGACGGAAAAGUAAUGCAUCAAGUUCCUGCUGCCUGCCUGCACACCAGCCCUUUGCUUUACAGUUGCUGGAUUUGUUGCGCGAAUUAAUGACCACAUCUUCUUGCUGCAUUGUGAUGUGACAGGCAGGAGUGUAGAUUUGAUCACUUGUGUGUUGAUACACACACACACACACACACACACACACACACAGGUGCAUUGCUUUUCUGCUCAGCUGAAUUGAAAUGAUAAAAUGAGAGCUGGUCAGUUGCCAGAGAAGGGAAUAGGGGGAGAGGCCUGGGCUGUGACGAAGGAAGAGCUCACAUUGACUGAAAAGUGAUGGCUUUCUAGACUUCGUGUUGGCAUCCUGCUUCACAGUUGUUCAAGUUGGUUCUAGGGAAUCACCUUUCUUCUCUACCCACAACCCUGUGUGACAACCAGAGGAGAGUUAUUGUCUGUCUCCUUGUUUUAGUUGAGGCUCAAGGAGCAUUGGCGGCUUGCCCGAGGUCUGAGGGCUAGUCGGGGGCCAGCUGGUGUUUAAAACCCACGUUGAGGUGACUCAGUGCUUUCAACACAACUUGUCUUUUCGGCACAGUAUAGUGGAUUCUGUUUCUCAGAGUAGGGUCAGUUUUUCUGCAGCAGUGUCUACAGUGAGAAAUGGAACAUCAUUCUGGUUAGUUGCCAGAGAAUUUAGGAAAGUGGCUAUGUUUUGGGCAACCUAAUUUGAAAUAUGAUGGGCUGUCUCAACACCCAAGUGGCCGGAGCCAUCGCUCAAGAGGGGAGCUGUCCUACCAAAAGAGUCCCAAUCCAUGAAUAAUUGUUGCACAGUUUAGGAGCCAUCCUGUUUCAGCCCUCAGUUUAAAACAAUAUGUAGUUAACUGUGCCUCCAGGAUAUCUAGCUAGGAUAUCCCUAGGUUCUGUAGGAAAUACAAAGAUUAAUAAGACUUUGCCUUUGAAAAGGUCGCAGCACAGAAACAGCCGUGUGUUCAGUCAACCACACUGCAGGGUCGAACCACGAAUGAUAGGCCAGAAUAGGGGAAAGGAGAAGUAACUUUUAUUGGGUGCCUCGUGCGUGCCAGGUGCUUUACAAUUUUAAUUUAACCUUCACAGUACCCUAUGAGGGCGGUUCGUUACUUCUGAUACAUAGAUGAGGAAGUGAAGGCUCAGAUAGUUAAAUCAACUGCCCAGCAUCACACGGUGAAUAAAUAGAGGAAAUGAAAUACAAAGCUUGGUUUGUCCGAUUCAAUGCCUGUGCUUUUUCUAUUAAGUUACAAUGCCUGUUUAUUUUUCUGCUCCUUUUUUUCUUCCAUAAUUAUUUAUUGAUAGAUAUGAGAGACUGUGAAUUAGGACGUAUGGGGGACACAUGGGUGAGUUCCCUGGAGUUCAGAGGAGGGAGGGGUGUCCUCACUGUGGGACUCGCGGGAUGACUUUUGAUUUGUCAGAGAAGGCCAGACAGCUCACAUUUCUCCUGCAAGUUUACAAAGUUAAAUUUAUAAGGCAGGAUUGAGUAUUAUGAAAUCUAGCUCCCUGGCUAAAAAUAACUAGAGAUAACUAUUGUAUCCAAGUAACCCAUUUAUGAUCAUAAUGUGUUGUGUAAAAUUCAGUCUUAAAAAUGGAAUAUUUCUAAUUAUGUGUGUGUGUACAUGUCUGUGAGAAUUUCUUUAAUGCCUGAGAAGUUCAGCUAUGUAACCACCACUAUAGAAAGACCCCUAUGGAUGGAUUUUCUCCUUUUUCUCCUGAUGGGCAAAAUCAGUUUAGUGCUAUUAAAGAAUGUUUUAGAAUAACCUCUCUUGUCCUCAAUAAAUGGAUGUCUGAUGUAUUUCAAAAUCACCUGGAAUUUUGCUAAAUAAAAGCAUUAAAAAUGACCUCUGAUUGGGGCACGGGGGUGGCUCAGUCGGUUAAGCGUCAGAUUCUUGAUUUCAGCUCAGGUCAUGAUAUCACAGUUUGUGAGUUCAGAUCAGGUCAUGAUCUCAUGGUUCAUGAGUUUGACCCUCACAUCAGGUUCCGUGCUGAGAGUGCAGAGCCUGCUUGGGAUUCUCUCUCUCCCUCUCUCUGUCUUUCUCUCUCUCUCUCUCUCAAAAUAAUAAGCUUUGACCUCUGUUUAUAGGAUUAAAUUUUUUUAUUAAUUUAAUCUGAAAUCCAGGAGAACACACUGUGUUUCCCUAUUUGUAGAAGAAACAGUCAGCUGAGAUAAAUUGUUUUUUCCUUGUCACUCUUAUUUUUUCGGUCGUUGAUGAAAAUCGGCAGUUACAGGACAAAAGGAAGACAAAGGUGAGGGCACCACAAAGAAGUGAGGAUGAAAACCUCAAAAGUGUGUCACAGAAAAUCAAAGCAGAAACCGUGCCAUUAACUGCUUGUCACUGGCAUUAACCAAACUUUCCAGUCACAGAUUUCUUAAAGAAAAGCAAAAUCUCACUCAUGGUUAAGAAAUGUCCAAAUAAGUUUGCUUCUUUAAGCUUGAAUCAUUGUCCCUCAAAUAUUUUGUGUGUAAUAUUAGGAAACAUCUAGAAAAAUAAACCUUUUUUGACCAACUUAAGGUGUGGGUGAAAUAACGAUGAAAAAAAAAUGUGGUUAGGACCCUGGAAACAGAGUAUGAAAGGCAGGCUGUGAAGAUGAGUUAGAAAGGAGAACUUGCCACACAGGAAAAACACCGAGUCGGGGUGUUCAGAAGUUACAACUGAGAGGCUCUUUACAGAUGACCUAGUUAAUUCCUUUAUUUGACACAGGAGCAAACUAUCACUCAGAGACACCAAGCAACAAUUCCUGGGGCAAGAGCUUGAAUUGACAGCCAGAGGGAAGGGAAAAGCUGGGAAGAUGAAUCGCAGAAUUUAUUCAGAUUUACUGAAGGGUUACAGCAGAAUUCAUAAGCGAGAACAGCCAGGACCGUGCGUGGGGAAGGAUUAAUGGAAAAUGGAGCAAGCGGAAGAAAAAUGGCUAAAAUGAGAAAAAGCAAAGGGCAAUGGAAUUUCCAAAGGAAGAAAAGGCAGGGAUUUCCUUUCACAAAGACUGUCCUGGGAGAUUGAGAGGGAAGGUGUGAUGGGAGGAACAGGGGUGAGAUGAGGUCAUGUUCCCAGGAGAGGGGGGCACACACUCUGUGUCCACUGACUUCCCUUUGGGACCAGAUUUCAGCAGGAAAAAGGGGCAGCUGGAUGUGAUGUGCUGACCCCAAAGUGGCUUGUUACCUAUAAGGAAAAAAGAAGGUGCCAUUGGAGACGGGACUGAGACUAAACAGGACAGCGUGGGUUAAGCCACCUCUCACUUUAAUAACAAUAACUGAAAUAAUAGUAAGGGGACGAGGAAGGACCACAGUAACAACUUCAUUCAUUCUAACAAUAAAAAUGGCAAUAAGAGUAACAGGAAGAGGAAGGAUAACAGCAAAAAAGUAACAAAUUCUAACAAUAACAACAGCAAUAAUAGUAACAGGAAGAGGAAGGACAAUAGUAGCAACUACUUUGGUCGUUCUAACAAUAAUAAUGGCAAAAUUGCUAAAGGUAAGAGGUAAGACAAUGGUAAUAACAACUUCACUCUCUCCUUCCCCAAC